AUAAAAACCUCUAUUACAAGGAAUAAAAUGGUAGGAGGUGCUGCUCGUCCUGUUGUUUCUGUGUACUCUGUGGAGACUGCUAACAAGAUCGUGAGCACGGUCCCUCUUCCGUCUGUGUUCACUGCUCCCAUUCGUACUGAUGUGGUCCAGUUCGUCCACACGAAUCUGAACAAGAACCACCGCCAGCCGUACGCUGUGUUCAAGCGCGCUGGUCACCAGCACUCUGCUAUCUCGUGGGGAACUGGUCGAGCUGUGGCUCGUGUUCCUCGUGUGUCUGGUGGAGGCACUGCUCGUUCUGGUCAGGGAGCGUUCGCUAACAUGUGUCGCAAGGGUCGUAUGUUCGCUCCGACGAAGAUCUGGAGAAAGUGGCACCGUAAGGUGAACGUGAACCAGAAGAGAUACGCUCUGGUGUCUGCUCUUGCUGCUUCUGCUGUUCCGGCUCUGGUGAUGGCUCGUGGUCACAAGAUCGACGGUGUGAGCGAGAUUCCGUUCGUUGUGGAUGACGCUCUGUGCAAGCUGACGAAGACGAAGGAGGCUGUGUCGUUCCUGCAGAAGAACGGUUGCUACGCGGACGUUGAGAGAGUGUCUGAGAGCAAGAAGAUCCGCUGCGGUAAGGGCAAGAUGCGCAACCGCCGAUACACGAUGCGCGUGGGUCCGAUGGUGGUGUACGCUGACGGCGAGGAGGCGGUGGCGCUGCCGUUCCGCAACAUUCCCGGCGUGGAGCUGUGCAACGUGAACCGCAUGAACGUGCUGCGCAUGGCGCCCGGUGGCCACGUGGGCCGCUUCGUGAUCUGGACGAAGGCUGCGUUCGAGCGUCUGGAGGCUCUGUACGGCCCCGAGUCGGAGAAGGUGGGCUACACGAUGCCGAAGAACGUGCUGACGGUGGCGGACAUGGGCCGUCUGAUCAACUCGGCGGAGAUCCAGGCGGUGGUGCGUCCGGCGAAGAAGGUGGUGGCCUACCCGAAGAAGGCCAACGCGCUGAAGAACAAGGCCGUGAUGGACAGCCUGAACCCCUACGCCGCCAUCGCCCGCGCGGCCGAGCAGAAGGCCAUGGAGGAGAACAUCAAGCACAAGGCCGAGAACCUCGAGAAGAAGCGUGCGGAGAAGGCCAAGUACGCGGAGAAGAAGGCCGCCUACUAUGAGAGCAUGAUGAUGUAAGAAGAGAGCUCGGGCUCGAUCAGCCAGGGUUCGCUCAACCCGAUGGAGGUA